AUGAUGUGUUUGAACUGUACAACUAACAUAAUGAUCUGUUUGAACUGUAUAAGUAACAUAAUGAUCUGUUUGAACUGUAUAAGUAACAUAAUGAUCUGUUUGAACUGUAUAAGUAACAUAAUGAUCUGUUUGAACUGUAUAAGUAACAUAAUGAUCUGUUUGAACUGUACAACUAACAUAAUGAUCUGUUUGAACUGUACAACUAACAUAUGA